GCCGCUCCCUCCCCCCUCGUAUGCCCUCCGACCGCGUCCGUAUCCGACUGCUUGGAUAUCGUACCUGGACGAAACAUAGCCGUGCGAUUGAAAAAGGAGGCACACGUGGCGAUAGAUCCCCUUUUCACCGGUUGUACUCAUCUUCUCGCCCAUAAUUUUCCCCAAUUCUCCAAAUCCCUAACUUCCCCAAUCCUCAAAAUUUCCUCAAACUCUGAAUUUCCCCUAAAUAAAAAAUUCACUGACGGAUCUCUCGGAUCGCCACCACGAGCAGAGGAAUUUCGUGAUACCUGUGCUACGAAUGCCAUGGAGGAGGAGGUGCGUGGAGAGUUGAAUCCACUACUUCAAACUAUAGAGUUUGCUCCUUCAACAUCUGAUCCAAAUCAGAAGCUUGAUUUGGUGCAGCCUUCCGAUCCCAAUCAGAAACCUGCGAAAAAGCCGACUCGUCAAUGGGCUGCGUGGACGCGCCAAGAAGAGGAGAAUUUCUUCAAUGCUCUGCGUCAAGUUGGAAAAAAUUUUGAGAAGAUUACACACCGUGUUCAGAGUAAAAACAAGGAUCAGGUCAGGCAUUACUACUAUCGUCUUGUUCGGCGCAUGAAGAAACUACUGGGUCCUGGAUUCUCACUUGAUGCAAAAAACUCCAAGGAUACCAUUGCUGCUAUGCUCCGUUGGUGGUCUCUGCUCGAAAAAUUUAGCUGCAGUGCAUCGAAGCUGCAUCUGAAGCCUCGGAGAUUCAAAACAUUUGUAGAAGCAUUGGCAAAUCAACUGGUAAAAGACAGAAAUAAGUCCAGAAGAAAGUGUCCAAGAGUGGAUAUGUGCAUAUCUUCUCCAUCUCCAAUUGUCAGCAAGAGUCCUGGGAUUGAGUCUUUCCCUGUAAAGUUCUUGCCAGUUGAUGCUCAAAAUGGUACCAGAGUGGCAUCUCCUAAAGGGGCAUUUUUCAAGCGGAUGCCAGAAACAAAUUGUAGCAAGUCAGGAACGACUAAAGGAGACCUCUCUGCCACAAGAACCGUGAAACAAAAAAGGAGGGCAGGUGGUGUUGUUGCAUCUGCUGCAUACAAAAAAUGGGAGAGAGCAGCUAUGGCAGGUGUUUCUUUAGUUGCUGAUGCAGCUGAGGAGCUUGAGCGCAAUGCCAUUAACCCUGGCGUGUUAUGUAAUGUUGAUGCAAGAACACUGACAUCUUCACCAGACAAACUUUCUAAUGUUGAUGGCAUUAGCACAAACCAGAUGAAGGAAGCAGAUUCACAAGCACCUGCAAAGCUGAAGCUGCAGUUAUUUCCAAUAAAUGAAGCUACACGGAAGGCAUUGGAGAAGGAUGAACAUAAUCCACAUCUGGAGCUCACAUUAAGUUCUAGGAAGAAAAUAUCAUCUGUGCUAGAACACCUGAACCGCAAAUGGGGUAACUCAAACAUCACAUCUGGAGAGCUUAUUCUUUUUCCAUAUUGUGCUCAUCAAGAGGAUUUAGCUACAUAUCAGAGGUGGACAACAAGAGAUACUGUUGCAGUAGCUGAUGUGUUUCUUUCUGUGAAUAGCCCUUCUGUUUUCCGUUUAAGGUAUGGUUGGUUUUCCCUUGUUGAGCUUGAAGCAGGAGUAAGUGAAAUAUCUUUAACCCAUUUUGAGAACUGCAUGAUACCGGAAGACAUCCAGGUCAAAUCGCCCUCUGGAGAUAAGGCUUGUGUGCAAAAGAAUGGUACUUUGUUCAGUAACAGUAUUCUUGAGCAAUAUCCUUGUAGUUCAAAAGAUCAGUCAGCACUAUUGCGUAUUACACCAUCUUGUAUAGGCAAGAACACUGAGCUUCCAGAGCAGCCCACCAGUGCACCCCCCUCUCAGUUUGGCAGCCAGAAGCAAGGGCAGGCUCCUGUAACUCAAGCUUUCGAGGAUGGUCAAGGAAUGAAUUGUGCUGCCAUAUCCGAAGGAGAGUGGGCAGACACCCUUACUGAUAUCAGUGUUGGGUACUUGCUGACGGAAGCAUCCAAGGGUGCUGAUUUGGACUGUAUAGGAACUUCUAGCAUAAAAAAUGCCUUGUUCCUUGAGAAUCCGUGCAGCUAUGACUCGUUUGAUGCUGCUGUUGCCCUUCAUGUUUCUCGUUUUCAAGCAUCAGAGCAGCCAGCCCACAGUCCCCAUUCAACCAUCUGGGGAGCAGAAGAAACAUGUGAUGGGUUCAGUUUUAAUUUGUCAGCCUCCAGGAAGCAAGAAGGCUCGAACACGCCCUCUAGCAGCUCUCCUGAUACUGACAGUGAAGUUCAUCCAUCAAAUUCGGAAGGGUUUAAAGGUUUUCUUCAGGACUUGACUGGAGGAGAGGCUGCUGGUGAUAAUACUUAUAAUGAUGCCAAAGACAGGGAGGAGUUUUGUGCUAAAUCACCACCUCGAAAUGAAGACACUAAUGAAUUGAAGGAUCAGUCUCUAGCUGACAUAUAUUGGACUGAUUCACUCGGACCACUGGACUUGGACAUACCGUCUGUGAGAUAUCAAGCCGAUGACUUACUCAUAGGGGACAGUCAAAAUAGUUGGAAUCGCAUGAUGGCAAAUAGUCUUGAUGCAUUCCGGAACCUGUCGUUCUUCUCCUCGGUAGAUAAGAAUGACUCGAUUCCAUCGAUCAUGUAGAAGGGGUGUUUUAGGAUUCCAUCACCAACUUGCUGCGUUGGUUAGGAAGGAACCGCCGGUGUUGCAUUUCGCUGAAGAGGGAGCUUUAUAUUGUCCAAGCGAGCUGUGCGCUGCUGAUCCAAGUAUCCAACAGAUGCGGACUCGCUGCAUUGGAGAGGAGCGCAUGUUGUUGUAACUUGUAAGAUAUAACAUAAUGGAUGUGCUAACCUGUUUUUCCAUGUAAGUUGUGGUGGUCAUGUACAAAAAGCACAUACAAGCGCUUGGUUACAAUAAAGCUUCUCUGCAGUGUAUAAGAUCAA